AUGUUUGAAGCAAGAGCGGGAGCUUAUUCUAUGGAGUGUAUGGUAUUGCUAAAAGUGUUUAAGCGACAUAUUGAGUACAAAGGUCAUCCUCUCAAUAAUGUGAAUAUUGUGCACCGCAGAGCAUGGAGGGGUAGAUGUGAAAUGGGAACGGAGGCCGAUGACAGUGAUAGAAAAGAAUUCGGAGCCAUGAUUGGACACGCCGAGGGACUUGAAAUACACCGCAAAAUUGGAAUAGAGCGGGAUUUUCGGUGA